AUGGGAUUAUUUGCCUAAAUUUAUAUUUAUGAUUCAGAAUCUUUGUAAAAUAUUGCAAAAAUUAAUGGUUCAUUUCCAUCAAACUUACUUGGAGAUGUUGUAGAUAUGUUCUUUGAUUAUAGUUCUGCCGAAAUUGUUUAUUUAGAUACAUUUGGAAACGUUUAUAUCUACCGUUUAUAUGCAGAUUUUGCAAUUCAAAUACAUAAACUAUCUACUAAAUUGACUAUACUUUGUCAGGAUUUGAAUAUGAAUCACAGCUGA